AUGUUGCGCACAUGCGUGCUGGUCUGCCUGAUUGGGUUUGCUGUCAGCAGCCCCCCCGUGUCAAAGACUAGAGAGCAGAUACAAGCUUUCAGAGAGGCUUUGGAAAACAGCAGAACAGACGAUGGGAUUCGAGUGGAUUCACGUGUUCUAUCCAAUCCGGAUGCUAAUAUUUGGGAGAACAGCGGCAAGUACCAGGGUGACAUAGUCCUCGAUGAUGAACAGAUCGAAGCCCUGGUGGCGGGCUUUGCGGGCGCCGGUCAAAGGGCUGCUUACGUAGUGCCUGGAAGGAGAUGGCCCGGAAACGUAAUGGUUUACGAAUUUGGCGCUAAUGAAUUUAAUGCUGCUCAACAGCAAGCCAUUUUGAGAGCUAUGGGCUGGGUCGAGCAUUUCUCCUGCGUAAGGUUCCGUCUGCGAAGGCCAAACGAACAGAACUACGUCUUGAUUACCGGAAGGCCCACUGGAUGCUACGCACGCGUUGGUUACCACGCAACUGGUCAUAUCCAUGUGCUUAACUUGGCUCGCGCGGAGCCCGGUAGGGGCUGUUUGAACAACAUUGUCAUUAUACACGAACUGCUCCACAACCUCGGGUUCUUCCACAUGCAGUCCGCCUACGAGAGGUAUAAUUACGUGCGCAUCAACUGGAAUAAUAUUGCUCCAGGCAUGGCCCACAACUUUUAUCGUCUACAGCGCAAUCAAGUCAACCUGUUAGGUCUGCCGUAUGAGUACCAUAGCUCAAUGCAUUACAGCACCCACGCGUUCAGUAUCAACAGGCAACCAACGAUUGUCGCAACUAGGAGUUUCCCGGGAACCAUGGGCCACAUGGUUUAUGUCACUCACUGGGACUGGGUGAGGCUUCGCAGACACUACAACUGCCCCGGUGCUUGGGAUGAAAGGCAGAUACAGGAGGUGAAGGAAGAGGUCGAACGCACCCUCCCACUGAUGAUCGCUGUGCCAACCACAGAUGAUGUCCAAGAAGACAACAACGACAGCGAAAUAAACAUUGUUGACGUAAAUGAAAAUUAA